AUGAGAACAAAAUCUAUUCUUACCCUCGUGGGCGUUUUAGCCAUUAUUCAAGCACCCUGUGACGCAAAAACCGACCAAUCAGAGGGUGACUCGGAGAAAAAUCAACCAAUCAGCAACAUUGGUGUUGGAAUGAGACAGAGCGAUGCCCCGGAGGUAGUAUUACAGCUGAAAUAUAUUGAAGGGGGACUGGAUAAGAUAUAUUUAACUCAGUUCAGGAAGGAAAGCAAGGGAUGGGAACCUCCAGUGCUUGCCCGGAGGUCUUUGUGUGCGGACCUGUGCUACUCAGGUCUGGGCGGAGGCUCUUGCGGCACCAACUGCCGGGACAUGAUGCCGGUCGGUCUGAAGACAGCUCUUCUGAGCUCUAACACCUCUGACACACUCUACGGCGAACCCAGAGUCGAGGUCUGCCCUGUACUCUGCAAGAAUGGACUGGGUCAGCCGUUAUGUAACUGCGCUGAGGACGAGCCAGAGCCGGUGGACUGGAGCGCCGUAUGUGGCACCUUCUGCUCAGCUGACAACUAUGUCUUGAAAGGAUGCCCAACCUGCGAGGAUGUAGCUCCACAAGCCAUGAAGGCGGUUCUCUCCAGCUCUAGAUCCUUGGACACCGUUGAAGGCUGGAGGUCGUGGUGCAACGUACAAUGCAGGCAGGGCCAGGGCGGCGCCGCUUGCAAUUGCGACAGAGCCCCAUUUCAAUAGACCCCGACGUACCCAAACACAAAAAUUCCAAAAUAACCCAAAAUUUUGAAAAAUCCUUUGUGACCCAAGACAUGAAUAAAUUAGAAAACACCAGAAAUCGAAUUGAUAAUUAUAUAAUUGAAGUGAAAAUUUUCAGAGAUUCCGUUUUAGUACUGUAUUAUAAUUAUUCAUGAAAGCAAAUAAAAGUGUUAUUCUAGAUUUUGUUUCUGUAACUUACAAAAUUGAUCUAAUAGGUGAAUCAUGUUGCCAAAAUUACUUUAAAUCAUUGAAUUACGUACCCUAUAUACUUAUGAGUAUAUUUAGCGUUCCUAAAUUAGAUAUUUCAAUAAUUUACACCAUUCCAAUAUUUUAUAAUAAAUCAGGUAUGCUUACUGCGUUCAUGUUUAAUAUAAAGGUUUACAUAUAAUCAAAAAAUGCUUCAUUCUAAAUACAUAGUAUAAAAUAAUUAUUAAGAUACAUAAAAUAUUAUACUCUAUUCUACAUUACCUAAUUAGAAAUUUGUUAAAAAAAUAUACAUGACCAGUGUUCGUUGACAAAGGACUAGGUAAGUUAUUUUUAUGUAAUAAAUAUUUUAAACUUACUAAAUAUGUAGCACUAGAGAGUUUUCAUUAUAUUUUAUAUUAAAUGAACUGUUUUUAUUACGAAAAAGGAAAAUUCAAUUAAUAAAUUGAAUGGAAAUAUUAGUUUAUUUUAACUGGCUGUAAAUCUCUGCGUUCUAGACAUUUUGAGCUUGUACAAAUUAUUAUAUACUGAUUUAAUAUACCUACUGUGUACAAAUAAUAAUAUAUAAUCAGUUAGGUAAGUUAUUUUAUAUACAUUUUUAUUUAUAUAUUUUUAUAAAUACAUAUAUAUAAAGGAAAUAUCGGCAGCUGCAUAUCAGCAGUGGGAAACCAAGCAAAUACCUACUUUAGCAACAUUUAUUAUUUCAUUACGUUAAUAUGUUCACGGAAAAUAUAUUAAGUAUAGGCAUACUGUGUAUUGUUCAGUACCCAUCAAAGUUCAUGUUUAUUUAUUUAUUUAUUUAAUUGAUAUACCAACAAUGACAACAAGAAACAUUAAUAAUAACCUAUACUUAACUAAACUUAAAAGGUUCUGGUGCUAAACGAAGCCAUCUUUUAAAGGUAUAUACAGCAUUGUUGUUUGUUGUCCGGUUAAACUUAAAAAUUAAACUACUUACACUUAAAACGACAAAUUACAUUUACAUCAAGUGUCCUAUUGAUUAAAUUGUUAAAUAAUGUUAACAAGUACAGUACUUAAUACAUAUUAUACUAAUUACGAAGUAGGCUUAAUAUUUUUUUCUAUUGUUACAAUGUGGUAUUUAUUGUGAAGUUGCUACACACAGUUAAAAUUUUCCACAAUAUUUUGAAUAUACCACAAUAAUUCUACUUCUAUAAGUCGAAAUAACAAUGGAAUAACGUUUGUAAAGUUGAUUAAUUUGAGUUACUUAUUGUUCUGUUUCUAAUGUGGCUAUUCAAUACGCCUAUGUUAUUUUAUAUUUGAUACUGCAAUAUAAAAGUACGAGCCUAUUGCUCUUUCAAAAUCUACCUAUCUCUAAUCUGUCGGUUUAUCGACUUUGUUAGUAAUGCCUAAUUCUAAUAUAGCUAUCCAAAAUGCCUAUGUUAUGUAUGCCACUAGCUGACGCCGCGCGGUUUCACCCUCGUGGUUUCCGAUCCCGUGGAAACACGGGGAUAAAAUAUAGUCUAUAGAAUUCCUCAAUAAAUGGGCUAUCUAGCACUGAAAUAAUUUUUCAAAUCGGACCAGUAGUUCCUGAGAUUAACGCGUUCAACCAAACGAACUCUUCAGAUUUAUAAUAUUACUAAAGAUUCAAUACUGUAAUAUAAAAGUUAGAGCUUAUUGCUUUUUAAAAACAUCUCACAAUAUCUUAGUACUAGCACAGAAUACAUAUAUACAAGUAUACUAGCAGACGCCCGCGACUGCGCCCGCUAGGAAUCCUUUUAAAAAAGCUUCUAAAUAUCCCACCAUAAAUUGUUUUCUGAAGUCACUAAGGCUUAGAUUAGGUAGCGUUUUCUAUGAAAGCUCCAAGGCGGCUUAACUUUUUCCGACUCUUCAAAUAUAGACCAACAUUUAUUCCAAAAGGUUUGUAUAUAUGUGUGUAAAAGUAUUUAAAAAUAUAAAAUAUGUGCACAUAAUUAUAUAUAUACGAGUAUUACCAACAUUACUUACUUUAGAAUAUAUAUUCAAGAUAUAACUUUAGAAUAAGUAUAUAUAAAAUAUCUGUAUAUAUAUGAAACAUAAUAAACUGUGCGAAAGACAAUAUAAAAGUUAGAGUUAUAGAAGAGUUAGAACACUAAUUAAUAUUAUUCAAUCAAAAUUUUCUUAAUCUAUUUGUAUGAUAGGAGUAACUAAUGUCUAAGUAAAUAAUAUUAUAUGAUAAUAUAAUAAUUAUUAAAUUAAUGUAUUUAAUCUUCACAUUUUACGCAUUAAAAUUAUUUUCAUUUACUUUUUUUGUUGUUUUUUUUAUUUAUUUUCACUUCCUUUUUUUCAACCUACCAGUCAAUUGUGGAAUUAUUUUGAUUUUUUUUUCUUUUAUUGUUUUCAUACCUACCAGUCAAUUACUGUCGGAGACCAAAAAGGGGCGAGAUAUAAAAAAAAUAUUGAACUUUUUGGUCGAAGACGAAAAAUUUCGUUGACUCCCUAAAUUUUUCAAUUUAAUAAUAAUUCGUGACGGUAGUCGUUGUGUAGAAGAGAAAAGUAUAAAAAAUUUUGAAAAAAAAAAUAUUUUAACGCUUUUCUGCUUUGUAAAUAUGUAAAUACGAAAUUAAGUAAACAUACUUAUCAAAAAUAGUCGGUCAGAAAAUAGCUCUGUCCUUAUUAAGUACCUACUAAAAAAAAAUAUUUUAUAAAAUAAUUAUCUGUUAGUGUUUUUUUUUAUUGAAAGUGUAUAAUCAACAUUAUUUUUUUAACUCAGAGGCUUGAUUGAAUUUUAUUUUGGACAUUUUGGGUAAAAUUAUGUUAAAAUCAUUAAAAAGGAUCUGGUACUUACUCGUACAUAGUGUGUAUAUAUGUUUUCAACUGGACGAAAGAGCACGUACUGAGCUGGCGCAGAGUUUAACUUUACUUUACUAGCAAGUAAUUAGAAGUGCUAUAGAGCCAAUGGCUACUAGAAUCGACUCUACGAGUAUACUUUAAUACGUAAAUGGAUAACCUAGAUAUUUUUAUUUAUUUAUAAUAACAUUAUUGCACAAAAAAGAAAAUAACAAAAGAACACAUACAUUUUUAGGCAAAAGGCGACCUUAUCACUAAUAGUGAUCUGUUCCAGGCAACCUAAACAUAAAUAAUCUAAAUAUCCUGUGACAUUAUUUAUUUUAAUGCUUAAUGAUUUUUAUUAUUAUGACUGCCAAAUCUGUACUCCUUUUUUUAAAUGCAGCUCGAAUUUCAAAGAUACCUACUAUACAUCUCUCGGGACUUCCAUAAACCCAUAACAUAGUCCUUUAGAAAUACAGUCGGUAGAGGCUGUCAAUUUCUGGUGGACUAGCUUAGUCCUAAUAUACUAAGUACUAUUAAUAACUUACUUUUCUGAUUUGUUUUCAUCACCUGGUUAGUGUAUCCAAGUGGCACGGUGGCACGUACUAAUCUGUUUUUUUUUGUAUUAAAUAAGUACGAAAUACUCUCAACAUGCAUACUCGUAUUGAAGCUACAUAAUUUAAAAAGUUUCAGUAUUUCCAUUCGUCCAGUUCUAAACGUUCCAAGCUCUGUGCAAAAUCAUUUAUUUAACUAGACUCUGCUUUUAAAUUUUCAACCUAAUUUCCUUGUAGAUUAAGUUUAAAGUUUAAUAACGAUACUUUCUUAACCAUGAUAGGCAAGGUCUUUUAUAGGUGUAAUUAAUUAAUAAGAAUCAGUAGAACACUUCCUGGAUUUGAACUGGGAAUUGAGGAUCUCUCUGGUCCAGUUGCGUUUGUGUACCUUUGUAUUUGGAGGUCCUAGAAUCGAUUACAAGGAACAAUUUAAGAAUUUAUGUCUUGUAGCACUCUUAUGCACCUAGGCAUUGAAGACCUAGAUACCGCCCAUCAAGAUUUAGCGUUCCAGUACUAUGCCACGCAAAAACCAGUUAGGUCGUUAGGCCUAUAGCCAUGUGGUACGUCGAUUCGCUUUCUACAAACGCUAACGCAAGCUAUGGCGAUGACAUUCACUAUCGACAAGUCACGUGAUCGGGUCUGUCAUUCCCACACUGUACCCCUUGCAAAUUAGAGCGAAAGCUUCUAGGCUGCAUUGUCGGUUACCAUCAGAUGAAAUGCUAAAUCGUCAUUAAGUUAAACAGAUGAGAUUUUAGAUCCGCUUCCUCCGUCUACUAUACAUAGUUUAUUUUGUUGUGCGGAGUUUUUUUUUGGUGGUUCCGUAAUUAUUUGUUUCCUUUAUCAGUUCUGCACUCUAAAUUGAUUUUUAUUUUCCGAUUCCAAAAACAACAAAAUAAUGGACACAUUAAUAAAAUUCCAACAAGACGCGCGCUAUGUCGAAGAACGGCGGUCUCGACGGCAAGUCGCUCGACAUCGGGAUUUCAUAAUAUAGUGCGUGUAGGGUGAGACUUAAUAUCUGUUUAAAAGAAAAUAUCCUUAUUGAGUACAUAUAUAAUGACAAAAUUAUGUGUUCAAUUAAUUUCGUUUAAUAAUGAAAAAAUGUUUGAUCAUCUUAGGUAUACACCGUGCCAUGUGUUUCGUCUUAAACCGAAAUCCCACUUAGUAUACCCAAUGUCUAUUAACCAUCAGUGUUAUUAAAAAAAAAACAAAGUACAAUUCAAGGAGUUACAAUUGUAAUAAACUAUCAAAAAUCGAUUAUUUUAAAACAUCCUGUAUUUUCAAACAUCUACCUACCUCCUCGCCGCAGUCACGUCAGCAGCCCGUCGGUCCCUCUGAGCUUUGAGGUCAUUCUCUUUAACCUAUUUCUUUAAAUUGAAUUUUUUUAUACUAGAAGGUACCACCACUACCACAAGUCGCCACACAGCUGACGGGACAGGACGGUAACAAGAGCCCUUGCAUUUUGUGAUGAACCUACACUGUCACAGAUUAAUAGAUAUAUAUGUCCACACUACUGUAAACGGAUCAAGUGGAUAACUCAGUGGUGUAGCGAUGCUAGGGCAAGGGGGGUCAAGACCCUGAGCGGGCACGAGCUAGAGCGGCACGACUAUAUUUUUGUCCUAAUUAAAAAAAAUACAAAUCUAAUAUUAGUUUAAAAAAAAAAACAAAUGUGCACGGAUCAUAAAUCUCAUUAGACGAAAUCUAGCACAUAAAUAGACUUAGAUAAAAUACCUAUAGAUGUAACAACCGUGUAGCCGCACAUGAAACAACAAUACUUAACUGAAAUGUUGCUAUUACUUAAAAUUUUCCUCUAGAUUUGGUUAAAUUUGAAUUUUGAGAAAGCUUUAUUAAUAUUUUAUCUGAGACCGUUUGCACAUAAAUAUUAUGACUUAAAAACAAGUUCCCAAACUUUUUUUUUUAUUUAUUUUUUAAGGUAGUGAAUUCAACUCCCUUCAACAAAGUAAAAAGCUUGUGUCAGCACUAGUCUAACGAGAUGAUCGAACGUGUUAACUGGUAAAACCAGUUGGUUAACCUAUAGCCGAAACCAAAGAAUGUAAAUAUGAACCGAAACGAAUUAUAAAUGUUCGACUCCCUGUUGGACAAUUUUCGGCCCCCUAUCUGGGUUAAUUAAAAAAUCAAAUUUAUUUUAGAAGUUUUAUUAGUUUUUUAGAAUCCAAAUUACAUAUUGAUUGUGUCCUUCUCAAACUGAAUAGAGCAAAUUAAAAAAAAAAUCUUAGGCUGCCAAUUCUGAUGACCAGUAGCCAUUAUCCAUGUUUGUUUAAAAUGUAUAUCCUUGGGAAACCUGCAAUAAAAUUAAUAAUAUGAUUAGAUAUAUUGUUUCCAUUUGUUAUGAGUAUCAGCAAAAGUAGAUCUUAAAUUAAUUUUGUACUUUUCUGAUGACGGAUCAUUAGUGUCCGUCAUCAGAAAAGUACAAAAUUAAUUUUCUUUUUAAUUAAUUAAAAAUUGUUUAGUGGAAAAUCUUUAUAAAGUCAUGGGAACACUCCAAGUUGUUUUUACGAGGUUAUGUUUAAGAAAAAAUACCAUAUUUCGUUAAAAUCUACUUUAUUUAAUGGAAAUUGUUUAUUGAUUUAUUUGUUCAAUCAUAUUUUUAUCUGUCCUAUAAACUAUAACAUUAACUUUUUGCAUACUUACGAGUAAAAAGUCUCUUCCUCUGCCUCCGUUUCCUUGCGGCUUUUACAGCUGAAAACACUGCAUCCUCCCAUUAUAAAUAAUACUACACCUUAUUAAUGGAGUCCUUUUCUAAUAAGUACAUUAAAACAAUCUUAAAACCCUAAAAAACAAUAAUAAACAAGAAAAUUUCGCACAACGCACAACUUGACAGCAAAUUGUUUGGCUAACUGAUAGUUAGCCAAACAAAGAAAACCUCCACGGCCUAAGAGACAGAAGAUAAUACUUUUUGUCUCAACUUCCUCAUAAAAUUCGUAAAUACGCUUCUCACUCCCACGUCUAACAUAAUUUUAAGGCAACGUCUAUAGGUAUUAAGUCAAUGUAAAUAGACCACUUCAAAGCCUGCAGUAAUAGAAGGUACGCUCCCUCUAUAUAGUGAUGUGCUGUGCCAAAGUUAAAUGGUAUCUUGAUUUCAAUAUAAUUUAAAUGUAUUGAAAUAAAAAUAAUACAAUUUAUUAUUUUUAUUUCAAUACAUUUACUAGUUACUAGAUGUAAAAGGUUCUUUGAUUAAAAUAUUUUAACUUUAGAGUAAUAAUUGAAAUAGGUGGAUAAAUAAUGUGUAUGUAUGUGUGUGUGUGUAUCCGCGUGUAAGAACAUAUUGAAUAGUAUCGUAUAUUAUGUAUGUACUAUGUACCGUAUAUAGUGUAUUAUCUAUGUAUGUACCUAUAACCAUAAUAUUAUAUCUAGAUUAAUAAAAUAUUUUGACAAAGUAUUAAGUAUAAAUAUUUUUCAUAAAUAGGAAUGAGAAUGUAUGCGCGUGUGAAAAUAAAUAAAAUAUUAUACCUAUAUAUCAUAUAAUCAUGUUUAUAAUUAAAUUAUUGUAAUGAAAUGUAAAAUAAUAGUAUUUAUUCUAGUCAUAGAACAACCAAGAAUAAUCGCGACAAACAAUAUCACAUAUGUCUUCCAGUACAAUAAGGAUAUAGUUGUAUAAAUAAACUGUAAAUUAUUAACUAAGUAAUCUAUAACUAUGUUAGAUUAUUAAAUAAUUAUAAGAAAUAUUAAAAUUAAGUGAAUUCUACUCCAUGAUUUAUAUACCUACAGACAAGUCGGUAGGUACUAUCUAUUGAUUAAUGUAAUUAGAGUUCUAAAAAUGUUUUUUUUUAUGAAGAUAUGAGUCUAAGAUUAUGAGUGAAUGAAGAUAUGAGUCUAAGAUUAUAAGUUAAUGUACGUAUAAACAAGUUUGAGAACUUCUUAUCCAAAAUUAAUUACUGAAAGAAAUAUCCGUGUUCAUUUAUCAUCACCAACAUCAUCAUCAAACGAUUAGCUAUUAAAAAACUCGUAAAUAUCUAAAUUGGCGUGACCACCAGAAUACUUUUCAUAUCACAGAACUUUUUCUCUUUGUCGUCAGAUGGGCAGGCCAUUAAAGUGCAUUAGAUUUUCAAUUUACUGAUUUGACCACAAUUGAGUGCCGUGUUUGGGUUUGUAGCCAAGUGGCACGUUAAUUCUCUUUGUAUGAUCGCAAACGCUUCGAAAAUUCAAAAAUGUAUAGGAAUGACAUUUGCUAUCGACAGGUCAUGUGAUCAAGUUGUCGAUUGGAUCUGUCAUUCCCAUACUUUUUGUUUGUUUUCGAAGAGUUAGCGUUUGUAGAAAGAGAAUCGACGCGCCACUUGGUUAUAGGCCCAGGUUAAUUUUGUAUUGCACGCCAUUGACGAUCAUUCUCACGUUCCUGUGCUGCAGAAACUAGAAUAAUACGUGCACAACUAUAACUGAUCGUGUGUGUAUUGGUCACUGCGUGCAUGACGGCUCGACUUAUGAAACGUCUUCGCUGCCAUUUGCGCUGCAGAAACGUGAGAAUUAUUGACCGUCAAUGGUUGACUUGUAUUGUAGCUUCAGGUGGCGACGUUUUGUAAUCGCGCGUGAUGUAGCCCGUGGGCGCUUACGAGCGAUAAAUAUCUCGCUGCGCUGUAUGUAGAAGGUUUUCGAUUAUGAAGAAGGUAUUACCUAUUUUUGGACCACUUACUUCGCUUUUAACGUUUUAUAUUACAUUCCUGCAAUUAUUAGGUAUUCAAUCGUUGAUGCCUUGAAUAACAAACAACUACUUAUUGUAAUGUAGUUUCAUCUGGAUAUUGCCUACAAAAUGUUGUUUUUACGUUUUGUUUAAAAACACCUACUGUUAUCAAUUCACUAGGGGACCUUUUUUCGUACAACGUAAAGUUACGCGCUACGUAACGUUAUUAUUCGCUGAGGAAACAUGCAAAUGGGAAACCAAUCGCUAGAUACGAGAUUAAUAUGACUGAGUAUUCAUCAUCUUAUUAGUGCAGUUCAGAGAUGUAACGGAGCUUCGAUUCCGGUUCCGUUAAGUCGGAACUUCCGAUUAUUAUUACACUUUCGGUUCCGACUUCGGUUCCGAUACUUUUGUAUCGGAUGUUAAUCGGAGGUCGAACGAAACAAAGAUGGCGGCGCGCGACGGCCUGUGCCGAACAGGUUCAUACAUGUUCAAAAACGUAUAAGUAUUAGUGAUGAUCCGUUAUUGUGGUGGAAAGUAAAUGGAAAUACAAAAUUCCAGCCCGUACAAUCAAUUGCCCGGCAAUAUUUGUCAUGUCCACCGGGCUCGGUAGCUAGCGAACAACUUUUUAGUGGUGCUGGCCUAAUUUACGACUCUUUAAGGAAUAGAUUGGAUGGAGACAAAGCAUCAAAGCUUUUGUUCAUAAAGUACAAUACAUUACUUUUGGAGUCCAUUUUGAUUUAAUUUGUUUUAGCUUUUGUUCAUUUAUUGUAAUGUAACCAAAUGUAACACGCUACUUUGGGUUUUAAUUUUAAUUAAACUUUAAAUUCAUUAAUUUUAUCUUUUGUUUAUUUGGAAUUAUGCCAAUUUUUUUCACAGUUGUUUUUUAUUUUAUGAUAAAAAAUAAAAAUGAAAAGAAUUGACUAUAAAUCAUGUUUUAUUUGUCCUUAAACAAACUGACCCUGCCUCCGAUUUCGAUUCCGAUUCCGAUAAACCAAAUUUGAAAACUCCGAUUCCGAUUUCGGUUCCGAUAAAACUACCCCCGUUACAUCCCUGGUGCAGUUUACCGGUAACUUUCCGUGAGUAUGAAAAAGGUUGACAUUAAUCGAAAUAACGUUAUAGAUUUACUGUAUUAUUAAAAUAUGCAAGGAGUAGGUAUAUCUACCUAAUCAUUGACCUCUUAUAAUAAAUUGGAGACCGAUGAUUAUAACAGAAAGCUUGGUAAAUUCCCAAGCAGUAAAGUAUUGUAAGUAGGUAAACUUAAUACAUUGCGUUUAUCGAUUCCAUAUCAAAAAAAUUUAUUAAAGUUUUCAAUUGAUGUAUAAUAUACCGUAUAAGUAAGUAUAUGUAUAAGAUACCUAGUCUAAAAUUAAUCAUGUAAUAUUUAAAAUUACCAUACCUAAGUAUAUUUCCCUAUAUAAAUUCUUGUUGUUGUAAAAAGUCUCACUACGAGUAAAACUACAUUAAUAUAAUUAUUAGGUAAUAUAGAUUCAUGUGUGUCUUCGUGUAUCUACUUAGCUUUUUAUCAUCAAUAUCAUCAUAUCAGCCGAUGGACGUCCACUGCAGGACAUAGCCCUUUUGUAGGGACUUCCAAACAUCACGAUACUGAGCCCCCUGCAUCCAGCGAAUCCCUGCGAAUCGCUUGAUCUCGUCAGUCCACCUAGUGGGGAGUCGACCAACACUGCGCGUACUAGUGCGGGGUCGUCAUGCACCUUGGGAGUGGGACCCCAACGUCUUUACCUUCGCUCAACUCGUUGAGAUGUGUCGGUGACUUUGGUUCUUCUGCGGAUCUCCUCAUUACUCCGAGCGACAUUCUUAUAGUAGUUUGUAAUGCCUGCUCUAUAUCCUUAGGAUCUUGGCUUCGAUUCAGUUGAGUUGGGUUAGUCUAAUAUUCAGAAUAAAAAAAAGCAAAGCAUUAUAUAUAUAUUAUGUACUAUAAUAAGUGAAAUAAGGUACUUACCUACUUAAGUCGUACCUACGCAGGUAGGUAGAUACUCAAUGUUAAAGGCAUGUUAAUAUACACGUAUUUAAAUUUAGUAUAAUGCAAGUAGGCAUUGGAAUUUUUCUUGUAAAUAUCGAUUAAUUUUAAGUGUGUUAAAGGUUAAACUUACUUGUUGCAUUAACAUUACCUAACUGAUGGUUAAAUACAAAAAUCUAAGGUUUUGCCGAGUUUUGUUAUAAACAGACAAUGAUAUCUAUCCAAUACCUCUAUCUAUUUAAAUAUAACGCUUCUAUUCGCCACUUUAUAGAUAAAGUUAUAACUUUCAUUGUAUUUAUCGUGUAUCCUUUCUGAUAAAUUCGUUGUUUUUACUGGUAAACAAAACGUCAUUUUUAGGCUGUCAGUCCACCAAAGCGGAGCGCGAGCAGCCGAGCCGAGAAACGGUGAAAUAUAAACUAAUAGGAUUGCACAAAAUCUCCGCUCUUCUCAAGUGGACAGUGAUUUGCGAGCUAGUUUAAAAAUUCAUAUAAAACUGGUAAGUGGAGCGGGGAAACGGAGCUAGGUUAAAUAAAUUAAAUUUAACAUAUUUUAUUUAUAUAACAUACUUUGCAACUCCGUUCCGCAAACUCCGCUCGGCUUUGGUGGACAGGCAGCCUUAAAUAGGUAAUUCGUCUGAGUUUUUAAUGCAUGAUCUGGGUAAUCGGCACUGUAAUUUAAUAAAUUAAACCUAAUACAAAAAAUAGACGUUUAUACUUUUUGCUUGUUAACUCUAGGUAAGAUAAGAUAUUUAAUGCAUUAUUAUUUAGUAUCUAAAUAUUAUACUGUCUAAUGUAUGGUGUUUAGAUUGGUAUGUUAAUCAAUGAUAUUAAUUAGAGUUAGAAAAACAUGUUACUUGAUUUUUGGUUAAAGUCACCAGUUCGUUAAUAUAUGCGUUGUUUUUUUAAUUUGCUAAUGUUAGUUCUUAGUAGUUUCAUUGUAAUUAAAAAUAAGUAAAAAAUAA